GAGGACACUCCUACAGAGAUCAGCACAGGACACACUUCCAAGAAAUCCUUAAAGAAUCAUCUCACUUCAUCACUAGAUUAUAGAUUGGAAGAUGAGGAUUGUGUAUGGGAAGAGACCACGUCCUCGCCUAUGGAUGGUGGACUUCACAGCGUGGAUAGACCAUCAAACCCCUCUGACUUUGAGCAACCUCGUACUGCGAGGGAUGGGGCCGGAAUUCAGGGGGGAAAUACAUUUUCCUGUCCUGAAUGCGGGAAAUGUUUUCUUUAUAAAUCUGCACUGCUCAGGCAUGAGGGAUCUCACAAGGGCGAGAAGCCACAUUCCUGUGCCGAGUGCGGGAAGUGUUUCUCGCGGAAGUCCAAUCUUUCUGCGCAUCAGAGGCUGCACACGCGUGAGGAGCUACAUUCCUGUCCGGAGUGCGGGAAAUGUUUUCCACAGAAGUCCAUCCUGGCUGCGCAUCAGAGAUUGCACACGGGUGAAGCUCUACUUUCCUGUAUUGAGUGUGGGAAAGGUUUUAUUCAUAAAUCGCAGCUGGUCACACACUGGAUGACUCACACGGGGGAAAAGCCGUAUUCCUGCUCUGAGUGCGGGAAAGGUUUUUCGCGGAAGUCCAAUUACUCUGUACAUAUGAGAUGCCACACGAAGGAGAAGCCGUUUUCUUGCUCGGAGUGUGAUAAGUGUUUUGUAUAUAAAAUCGAUCUCACUAUACAUCAGUGGUCCCACACGGGGGAGAAGCCGUAUUCCUGUCCCGACUGCGGGAAAUGCUUCUUGCGUAAAGCCAAUCUUGCCGUGCAUCUGAAGUACCACAGAGGCGAAAAGCCGCAUUCCUGCUCGGAGUGCGGGAAAAGAUUUCUAUGGAAAGCAGAUCUUGAUAAACAUAUGAGAAUCCACACGGGGGAGAAGCCGUAUUCCUGUCAAGAGUGCGGCAAAUGUUUUACACAGAAGACCCAUCUUUUUAUUCAUUACAAAUCCCACGUAACCCUUAAGGCGGAGUUAGUGCCUCAAGUGCGGGAAAUGUCUUCUAUAUGAAUCACGUGUUGUCGUACAUCAGAGAUCUCACACUGGGAAGAAGCUCACCUUGAUAUACAUCUCAGAAAAAACGUGGCUGAGCGCUCCUCUGAUCUUUAUCGUGGAACCUCGGAUUACGAGCAUAAUCCGUUCCAGGAGAAUGCUUGUAAUUUAAAGUACUCGCAUAUCAAAGCGA